CCCAGCUAAAGAGGAAACGCACUUUUUCACGUAACGGCGAAGAAGAGCGCGAGCGCAGCCGGUUCGCAUCCUUUAGCUUUCUGCAACCCUCCAGAGAAAUGGCGGCGUCCGUAUGCCGAGUUGGGAGCACCGUGGGCCGAGCCCUGGUCAAAAACCGCAGUCCGAUACUGCUGUCUCUGAGGCGCGGACAGGCCUCAGUCAGCUAUGCCCAGAGCCUGUUGGGACUCCCUGAAACACGUCUCACAGCUCUAGACAAUGGCUUGAGGGUUGCAUCUGAAGAAACUGGACAUGCCACAUGCACUGUUGGAUUAUGGAUCAGUGCUGGUAGUCGCUAUGAGAGUGAGAAGAACAAUGGGACAGGCUUCUUUUUGGAGCACUUGGCUUUUAAGGGAACCAAGAAGUAUCCUCAGACAGCUUUGGAGCAGCAGGUGGAGUCAAUGGGUGCUCACCUGAGUGCCUACACCUCCCGGGAACACACUGCUUACUACAUGAAGACCCUAGCGAAAGACUUGCCUAAAGCUGUAGAACUGCUGUCAGAGGUGGUGCAGAACUGCUCACUGAACGAGGCUGAGAUUGAACAGCAGAGGGGUGUGGUGCUCCGUGAGCUUGAAGAAGUUGAAAGCAACCUGCAGGAAGUUUGCCUGGACCUGCUGCAUGCCACAGCCUUCCAGGGCACUCGCCUGGGACAAAGUGUGCUGGGACCCUCAGCCAAUGCCAAGAAUCUGACCCGACAGGAUUUAGUGGAUUACAUCAACAGUCAUUACAAGGCUCCUCGUAUGGUGCUGUCUGCUGCUGGAGGCGUGAACCAUGAGGAGCUAGUGGGUCUGGCCAAAACUCACUUCAGUGGGGUUUCUUUUCAGUAUGAGGGAGAUGCCAUCCCUGUGUUGUCCCCCUGCCGGUUUACAGGCAGUGAGAUCAGUGUGCGUGACGAUGCUUUGCCUCUCGCACACAUUGCCAUUGCUGUGGAGGGGGCCAGUGCUGCCAGCCCAGACAUUGUGCCCCUCAUGGUGGCCAACGCCAUUGUUGGCAGCUAUGACCUCACCUAUGGUGGUGGAAAGAACCUGAGCAGCCGCCUGGCUCGUCUGGCAGUGGAGGAGAAGCUGUGCCACAGCUUCCAGACCUUCCACUGCUCCUACAGUGACACCGGCCUGCUGGGCAUUUACUUUGUGUCUGAUAAACACCACAUUGAUGAUAUGAUGCACUGGUCCCAGAAUGCUUGGAUGAAUCUGUGUACCACCGUGACAGAGAGUGAUGUGGCCAGAGGCAAGAAUGCUGUGAAAACCAGCUUGAUCGGACAGCUUAAUGGAACAACACCAAUUUGUGACGACAUCGGCAGACACAUCCUGAACUACGGGCGCCGUAUUCCUUUGGCAGAGUGGGACGCUCGGAUCGAUGCCGUGACCCCAAAAAUGGUCCGCGACGUCUGCUCCAAAUACAUCUAUGACAAGUGUCCCGCUGUUGCAGCCGUCGGCCCCGUUGAACAGCUGCCCGACUACAACAGAACGCGCAGUGGCAUGUACUGGCUCAGGUACUAGGUUGUUGUUUUCCAGUGUCCGAAAUUGCUCCUUAUUUUCCAUCUCGACCACAAACUGCUUUCAUUCUCUCGUGACUGCGAGAGAAUUGCCUAGAUCUGUUUGACAUCACCGGUAGCCAAACAACAACAACUGGAUACAGUACUGGUUAUAAUGGAGCAAGAGUAUAUUUAUCAGCUCUGUAAUGCGUUGCUGUCCUUUCUUGUACAUAACAGAAGAUCUCAUUCUGAUAAAAAAUAAAAUGCUGUAAACCCCUGCA